UCGCAGGCGGGCGUGUCGCGAAUAAAAACAACUGGCCGCUAAGCUAGUGGCCAGUCGGCGAACGAAGUUUGUACCGUCAAGUUCCAAAUUUAAAUUUUUUAAAGCACGAAUUUUGGAUUCGGCGUAUUUUGAAUUUUCGGACAUAGAACGAACAUAUAAACAAUCAUUAUGAUGAGGAUUGUAUACUUUUUGGCCAUUUUGGGUGUCACUUGUGCGGCUACCUUCAGAGGGCAUUUGCCAGCAAAACCCCAGGAAUUGGCUGACAAGGAGGGUUGCUAUAUUCACCAGAUUAGUGACGUCAUACCAUUCGGCAGUCAGCUCACACCAAUUGGAGAGUGUAUCAGGAUACAGUGUGGAAAACAUAUGAUACAUUAUGCCACAUGUGGAGUCGUUGGCACGACUGACCCCGAAUGUUAUGUAACUGAUACGGAUGUUAGCAGACCAUACCCGGAUUGUUGUCCUACCGUCAAGUGUGAUCUCGACAACAAUUUAAUAUAAUUUAAAUAUAUAAAGUAGCAUUUAAGAGCAUCUAGAUCUUCAGUUGCUAUUUAUUCUCAAUAGAUUAACACAAAAUUAUUUGAAGCUAAAUUUUACAUUCCGAAAUUAGUGGCACGAAAUUAGUUUCAUGACACGAAUAUUUUGCGUGCAUUGGAGAAGAAAUUAAUGCUUGAAUUAAUUUAUAUUAGUAAUAUAAAACGUUUCAUCAACUGAAUAAUUUUAUUUAAAUUCGAUUAAUUAAUAAAAAUCAAUAUUUUAUAAUAAUUUAAAAUGUGAAACUAGUUUCGUGCCAUUAGACUCAUAAUGUAAAUUAGGCUCAAGAGAUUAGUGAUAAAUUGUAAUAUACGAUCGUUUUAAGAAUUUGUUUAGAUUUAUUUAUAAAUGACGAAUGUAUGAAAAUAUUUUAGAAUGAUUAUCCGUAUUUGGGAUGUUAAAUUGAAAAAUUUAACCAUGCGACAGGACUCGAACCCAAACUCUUUUAUUAUAAUAUUAUUGAUGUGACCACAGAAAGAAUAUUAAUACGUAGAAAAUGUUUCAAUGUUUUAUGUUUCUAAUUAAAAUUCUUUUAAAAUUGAUGUGAACGCCAUCUACUGUAUUACGCAUGUAACUGUGUUAGUUUGAGUGUGUUUGGCGGGUCAAAUUUUCAUUUGGAAAAUUGUGUGAUUCAUUUGAAAUUUGUUUGAAAACAAAUCGACUGCGUAAGUUUUUGAUAGUUUUGUUAGAAAGCUACAAAAUAUGGUCACAGGUUUACUUAGCAAAUCGUGUAAAAUCUAUACAACCACUUCAUUAUUUUGAAAUAUAUAUUAUAGGUUUUAUAUAAUAUCUAUCAAUAUUAAUAUUUUGUACUGUGGCAUAUUACAAAUACCUGUAUAAUUAUGUUAUGGUUGCAUAGAUUCAUUUUCACUUUCGUCAUUAUAAGGGCAGUGCUGACUUUUAAAAUAACGUAGUAAUUAUUUACUCUACAAAUUAUUGCAUUAAUUGGAACUUUUCAACUUAAAUAAAAAAAAAAGACUGCAAAAGGGAGAAUUUUCAACUACAUCUUCCUUUUUGUGUACACGUGCCACGAUAUGGCUUUGUCAAUUCAAAACAAAUUUUUGACAAUUAUUUUCUAAAACGAUACAGUUCACGUCAAUGCAUAUUGGUUUCAUGUACUUAUAUAAAUGAAGUGGUUAUUUGUUCCAUCAAUUAAUUGUAUCAAAACAUAUUGCUUGUUAGGUUGUAAACACAAUAUAUUAUAUAAAAGUCUACCUACCCACCGACUUGUAACAGAAAAUGUUUUAAAUACAUUUCGAACAAGUAAAUUUUGAUGGUAGUUAAAACAUGGAAAACUAAAUAAUUGUGUUUGAGGUAGUGACAGUCUGUUAGAUCCAGAACGAGAGACUGAUGUUAUGAAUUCGUUACUAGUCUAAAUCUAUGCAUGAAUGUGAAAUAAUUUAUAAGAUUUAUUGUAAAAUUUAAUUUAUUUGUGUAAUAAUAAUAAUAAUUUGUUAAUUUAGAGUAACAAGUAUGAAAUUACUUCUUAAGGAUUCCAGUCUCGUUGAUAAAAUAAAAUGAUAUUUUUUUUACAUCAUUUACUUAUUUAAAUGUAUCAAGGAGUUAUUAUACAAAAUAUUUAUUUAAUUAUAUGUUUUAACAUGUAUGAGCUUAUUAAAGCUACAUAAUUAACGCGAUAUGGCUGGAAUUUGAACGUAUUUUGAGGCAACAAUGCGUAUAAUGUUUUUGAGGAACAUAAAAGUAGAAUUAAACGUAAGUGGCUGAGAUAUUUGAGUAAUUUAACAUUAAAUAUUGUAUUUUAACUAUUGAUGUAUAAAAAAUCUCAAGAUGCACAAUUGAGGAUUAAGAAUUAUAAUUUCUAACUCAAAUAUGCUGAAAAUGUUCUUGUAUUUUUUAUAAAACUACGAUCUCUAGACAUUGAUACCACAGUUACAGUAUAGAAGUCCACUUAUUGGGUUUCCUACGAUAACUACCUAUUUUAAUUAUUUUGGCACUUGUAUAAAUUUUUUAUGUGACUGUGGGAAUCUAGGUGUUUUUUUUAUAUCAAUGAUUUCAAUAUCAACAUUUAUAAAUAUAUAAUAAUCGAGAUAUUCUUGAUAUAGGUACGUUUGUAAAAUUUAAAAUGUAUUUUCUAUGAAAAGGUAAAAUAAGUUUUUUUUUUUAUAUCUCAAUGUGUAAAUAUUUAUCUUCUCUCUCCUUUAUUUAUAGAAACUUUAAAAGUGUAAUAAACCCAUUUAAAUUAUUGAUGUUUCUAUCUCUUUCUUUCUAGACAUACGAUUAAUUUGAAAUAAAAAAUACAGUCUUAUGGGUUUAUUGAUGGUUUUUCGUUUUCAUAAUUAAGUGAUUAAAUUUAAGAGGUACUAUUCAAUUUUUUUUUUAAUAACAAUUGUUAUUGAUUUUGUAUUUAGAUGCUCUUAUAUGUGUUUACGUGAUAGAGUUCCUUUAUAAGAGUUUAGAUACUGAUUGAUAAUUAUUUUUGUUCUAGAAGCUAUCUUGCCACCAAAUUGUUGUUUUUUUUUUAUUUUAUUAAAAUAAAUAAUGUCUUGUA